CUGGGCGCGCCCCCGCGACGGGGGUCGGACCACGAGCACGUGCAUGGAGAGUCCGAGAGACCGGCUGGUGCCUCCCGCGGGGCGGGGCGGUAGUUUUCGCGUGGACACCGCCUUCCUGCCACGCCCCUCGCCGUGCGGAGCCGCCCCUCUUUCCUGGAGCCACAGCUGGGUCCGCGGCGGCGGCGGUGGCUGCCGGGCGGGGGUGGCGAGCGGCCCUGGAGACACGCGCGGGCUCGAUCCUAUGUGGUGAUCGCGCAGCGCAGGCGCCUCCUACCCCGCCGGCGGGGCCCGGGCUUCCCGCGGCGGGAUGUUCUCCCGAAGGAGUCACGGAGAUGUGAGAAAGUCCACCCAGAAGGUGCUGGACCCCAAGAAAGACGUGCUGACUCGCCUGAAGCACCUGCGGGCGCUGCUGGAUAAUGUGGAUGCAAGUGAUCUUAAGCAGUUUUUUGAGACCAACUAUUCUCAGAUAUAUUUCAUCUUCUAUGAAAAUUUUAUAACACUGGAAAAUAGUUUGAAAUUAAAAGGGAAUAAUAAAUCACAACGGGAGGAGCUGGACUCUAUCCUUUUUCUUUUUGAAAAAAUACUACAAUUUCUACCUGAACGAAUUUACUUUCGAUGGCAUUACCAGAGUAUAGGCUCCACUUUAAAGAAGCUUCUACACACUGGAAAUUCUACAAAGAUAAGAUGUGAAGGAAUCAGGCUAUUUCUUCUGUGGCUUCAAGCACUUCAGACAAAUUGUGCAGAAGAGCAGGUGCUGAUUUUUGCUUGUCUGGUGCCUGGCUUUCCAGCCAUUAUGUCUUCCAGAGGCCCCUGUACACUAGAAACACUCAUCAAUCCUAGCCCUAGUGUAGCUGAUGCAAAGAUAUAUCCAGAAGAAAUCACCCCACUCCUGCCAGCCAUAUCAGGGGAAAAGACCACUGAGGACCAAACAUGCUUUUUUCUUCAAGUACUAUUGAAAUACAUGGUUAUUCAGGCUGCAAGUUUAGAGUGGAAGAAUAAGGAGAAUCAAGAUACUGGUUUCAAGUUUCUCUUUACAUUAUUUCGAAAGUAUUAUCUUCCUCAUUUAUUUCCAUCUUUUACUAAGUUAACAAAUAUCUACAAACCUGUACUUGAUAUCCCCCAUAUGAGACCAAAGCCAGUGUACAUUACUACAACUCGAGACAAUGAAAACAUUUAUAGUACAAAAAUUCCAUACAUGGCAGCUCGUGUUGUCUUUAUUAAGUGGAUAGUUACUUUCUUUUUGGAAAAAAAGUAUCUAACUGCAACACAAAACACUAAAAAUGGAGUUGAUGUAUUACCUAAAAUCAUACAGACUGUUGGUGGUGCGGUACAAGAGAAGGCAGCUGAGGUUGAUGGUAGUGGACCCGCAGAGCAGGACAAAAACCAUUCUAACAGCAGUACCUUGUCUGACCGAAGACUCAGCAACUCCAGCCUCUGUAGCAUUGAAGAAGAACACAAAAGUGUGUAUGAAAUGGUGCAGCGGAUCCUCUUGUCAACACGAGGUUAUGUCAAUUUUGUGAAUGAAGUAUUCCGCCAGGCAUUUUUGUUGCCUUCCUGUGAUAUAGCUGUAACAAGAAAAGUAGUUCAAGUAUAUAGAAAGUGGAUCCUUCAGGACAAGCCUAUGUUCAUGGAAGAACCAGAUAAAAAGGAUAUUCCACAAGAAGACACUGAAAAAUUAGGAUUUUCAGAGACUGAUAAAGUGACCUCAACUGAAGGUUCUGGUCAUAAGCGAUCUUCUAGCUGGGGACGAACAUACUCCUUUACGAGUGCUGUGAACAGAGGAUGUGUGGUAGAGGAGGAAAAUAAAAAUGUGAAAGCUGGGUUCCAGGCUAUGUUGCAGGUAUUUUUGACAAAUGCUGCAAAUGUCUUUUUGCUGGAACCUUGUGUUGAAGUACCCAUGCUUUUGAAAGAACAAGUUGAUGCUUGUAAAGCUGUUUUGAUUAUUUUCAGGCGUAUGAUAAUGGAGCUUACAAUGAAUAAAAAAACCUGGGAACAGAUGUUACAAAUACUACUCAGGAUAACAGAAGCUGUCAUGCAGAAGCCAAAGGAUAAACAAAUAAAGGACUUGUUUGCACAGAGCUUGGCAGGGCUACUGUUUAGGACGCUCAUUGUGGCAUGGAUUCGAGCAAACCUCUGUGUGUACAUUUCACGAGAGCUCUGGGAUGACUUUCUUGGUGUGCUCUCCUCCCUUACGGAAUGGGAGGAACUCAUAAACGAGUGGGCCAACAUCAUGGAUUCCUUGACAGUAGUGCUUGCAAGAACUGUUUAUGGAGUAGAGAUGACAAACCUACCUCUGGACAAAUUAAGUGAGCAGAAGGAAAAGAAACAACGUGGCAAAGGCUGUGUUCUGGAUUCUCAAAAAGGAGCCUCUGUGGGAAGAUCAUUUUCUCUCAGCUGGCGGAGCCAUCCAGAUGUGACUGAGCCCAUGCGAUUUAGGAGUGCUACCACAUCUGGGGCACCAGGAGUUGAGAAAGCAAGAAAUAUUGUUCGCCAAAAAGCAACUGAUGUGGAAGAAUGUCAGUGGUCUGAAAAUUCUCCUGUAUUUGAAUCUGGCCGCCUGGGGGCAGAGCAGCAGCAGCAGAUCCUGCGGAGCAGCAGCACACCUGAUGUCACUGAGCCUCUGUGCUCAGAGUCUUCUCAGGGUCAAAAAGUAGAUGUACAGAAUUUGAGUUCUUCAGAGCCCAAGCCUCUACAAGAGAAUAAAGGACAUGUGAAAAAAGAAAAUGAAGGAAUAACAAUCAUAGUUCGAAGAAGCAGUAGCCCUGCUGAAUUGGAUUUAAAAGAUGACUUGCAGCAGACCCAUGGAAAAUAUAAAGAGAGACUAAAGAGUGAAAGUGUCAGUAGUGACAUAGCUCAGGGCAAUAACAGUGAGGCAGAGCUAUCCAUGAACCACUGGCAGAACUAUGAAGAAGACCCAGAACUGAACACUCCCACAGAUGUGGCUGACUCUGAUGCUCGCCACUGGCUACAGCUAAGUCCCACUGAUGCUUCAAACUUAACAGAUAGCAGUGAAUGUCUUGCUGAUGACUGCAGUAUAAUUGCUGGAGGGAACCUCACAGGCUGGCACCCAGACUCUGCUGCUGUACUAUGGCGAAGAGUCUUGGGAAUCCUUGGAGAUGUGAAUAAUAUCCAGUCACCUAAGAUCCAUGCCAAGGUUUUUGGCUAUCUGUAUGAACUGUGGUACAAACUAGCAAAGGUACGGGAUAAUCUAGCAAUAAGUCCAGACAACCAGUCUUCUCCAUCUCCUCCAGUUCUGAUCCCACCACUCAGAAUGUUUGCAUCAUGGCUAUUUAAGGCAACAACAUUGCCAAGUGAAUAUAAAGAAGGCAAACUCCAAGCCUACAGACUGAUCUGUGCCAUGAUGACCAGGCGCCAGGAUGUGAUGCCAAACUCAGACUUCUUGGUUCAUUUUUACCUUGUGAUGCACCUAGGAUUAGCCAGCGAAGAUCAGGAUAUCUUAAAUACCAUCAUAAGACACUGUCCACCACGCUUUUUCUCCCUGGGUUUGCCUGGCUUCUCGAUGUUGGUAGGGGACUUCAUCACGGCCGCUGCCAGGGUCCUUAGUUCAGACAUGCUGGCGGCACCUCGUUCAGAAGCUCUUACCAUUCUGGGUUCUCUUGUUUGCUUUCCUAACACCUACCGGGAAAUCCCUUUACUGCAGUCAGUACCAGAAGUUAAUGAAGUCAUUACUGGAGCUGAAGAUGUCAAGCAUUACCUCAUACAUAUUUUACUGAAGAAUGCCACUGAGGAACCAAAUGAAUGUGCAAGGUGCAUUGCCAUCUGUUCUCUUGGGGUCUGGAUAUGUGAAGAACUUGCCCAGUGUACAAGCCAUCCUCAGCUGAAAGAGGCUCUCAACGUGAUAGGUGUCACUUUGAAGUUUCCUAACAAAAUUGUGGCUCAGGUAGCUUGUGAUGUUCUUCAGUUGCUUGUUUCUUACUGGGAAAAGCUUCAAUUGUAUGAAACCUCUAUGCCUCGGAAAAUUGCAGAAAUCCUCGUGGCCACCAUUGCUUUUCUUUUACCAAGUGCAGAGUAUUCUACAGUGGAAUCAGAUAAAAAGUUUAUUGUGUCUUUGCUACUCUGUCUCUUGGACUGGUGCAUGGCAUUACCCAUAAAUGCCCUUCUUCACCCAGUGUCCACAGCAGCCCUGGAAGAACAACAGAUAUCCAGAGCCCCUUUACUGGAUUAUAUCUACAGGGUUCUACACUGCUGUGUUUGUGGCUCAAGCACAUACACCCAACAGAGCCACUACGCACUGACGCUGGCUGACCUGUCAUCUGCAGAUUAUGACCCCUUCUUACCACUGGCAAACGUGAAGAAUUCUGAGCCAGUCCAAUAUCAUUCAUCAGCAGAACUGGGAAACCUGCUUACUGUUGAGGAGGAAAGGAAGAGAAGAAGUCUGGAGCUGAUCCCUCUGACUGCCAGGAUGGUGAUGGCCCACCUGGUGAACCACCUGGGGCACUUCCCUCUUUGUGGCGGCCCUGCUGUGCUGCACAGUCUGGUCAGUGAGAACCAUGAUAAUGUGCACGCGGAAGCCUCUGAACUCUCCUCUGAGGUGUUCAGGAGUCCAAACUUGCAGCUGUUUGUAUUUAAUGACAGCACCCUCAUCUCCUACCUUCAGACACCCACAGAAGGACCACCAGGUGCAUCCCCAGUGGGUGCUCUCUCUGAAGUGAGAGUGAUCGUGAGAGAUAUCUCAGGGAAAUACUCUUGGGAUGGGAAGGUCCUAUAUGGACCUUUGGAAGGCUGCUUAGCACCCAACAGCAGGAAUCCUUCAUUUCUGAUUUCUGACUGGCAUCAUCAAACAUUUGAACCACAGAGAGAUUUUUCUGAAACUGAGGAGGGAGAUGAUGUCCUCGACAAAUUACUUGAAAGCAUCGGUCAUACAAGUCCUGAAUGCCUUUUACCAUCACAGCUAAAUCUAAAUGAGCCUUCCCCACCCCCGUGUGGAAUGAACCAUGACCAAGAGAAUGAAAUAAUUAAGGUCAUUUUGCACCAGAAUACUCAAGAAGAUGAGUAUGUUCAGAGAUGUAACUCAGAUUCAGCCAUGAAAGUCACCAGCCAGGAGCAGCCCUCACCAGUGGAGCCUCGAGGACCCUUUUAUUUCUGCAGACUGUUGCUUGAUGACUUGGGAAUGAAUUCUUGGGACAGAAGGAAAAACUUCCAUCUGUUGAAGAAAAAUUCAAAAUUACUAAGAGAGCUAAAAAAUCUAGACUCUCGCCAGUGCCGUGAAACACACAAAAUAGCAGUGUUUUACAUCGCUGAAGGCCAAGAAGACAAGUGUUCAAUUCUCUCCAAUGAAAGAGGAAGCCAAGCAUAUGAAGACUUUGUGGCUGGACUUGGAUGGGAGGUGGAUCUCUCAACUCACUGUGGGUUUAUGGGUGGACUUCAGCGCAAUGGCAGCACAGGGCAGACUGCCCCUUACUAUGCUACCUCAACCGUGGAAGUGAUUUUCCAUGUUUCCACUCGGAUGCCAUCAGACUCAGAUGAUUCACUCACCAAAAAGCUCCGUCACCUUGGGAAUGACGAGGUCCACAUUGUCUGGUCUGAACACUCCAGGGAUUACCGCAGGGGUAUUAUCCCAACUGCCUUUGGAGACGUUUCAAUCAUUAUUUACCCAAUGAAGAAUCACAUGUUCUUUAUUUCGAUAACGAAGAAACCCGAGGUUCCAUUUUUUGGACCUCUAUUUGAUGGAGCCAUAGUGAGUGGGAAACUACUGCCAAGCCUUAUAUGUGCCACAUGCAUCAAUGCCAGCAGGGCCGUGAAGUGCCUCAUCCCACUCUACCAGAGCUUCUACGAAGAGCGAGCUCUGUAUCUCGAAGCAAUAAUUCAGAACCACCGCGAAGUAAUGACAUUUGAGGAUUUUGCAGCCCAAGUCUUUUCUCCUUGUCCCAGCUACUCCCUUAGUGGAACGGAUUAAUAUACGUAGAAAGAUUGUGUUGCCAUAUUUAAGCAAGGGCCCUGACCUCCCACCGACUCAAGUGCCUACCUCACGGUGCCGCCUUUUAGUGAGGAGGCUGUGGAUGGAUUCCCUCAAACUCCCAAACCCAGAGGCUCUGAGAAACAUCAUCACUCAGUGAGUGCCCUGAGCAAGUUUUCUUGUUAAUGAACUUCUGCAACCAGAGGUGGAUCUCCUGGAAAUGCUACAGACUGGACUUCCAAACUAGAUCUUGUCAUCUUUUCCUGAGACCUCACAGGCCUUGAACUUCAAAAGAAGAAAAGUCAACAGCAAAGACAGUCCUGUUCUCCUGUGUGGUGGAUGGGGCUGUGCUGGCAGAGAGAGCAAUCAAAGUUCUGGACUAUAAGGGAGGAGGUUGACGGCAGCUGGUCUCUGUUCCUCAAAUGUUUCCUCUCAUUUAUGAACCCAAGCAUGAUUCACAGAGGGGCUGGCUGGCAAAAACUGUCAAAGUGAGACAUUUUCUCUGCCUUGAUGUUGCUAGUUCUUCCUAUGUUGGGAUUUACGUUUCACUCAAAAAUUUCAUCAUCAUGGAAAUUGACUUUCCCCAGGGUCAUUUGCCCAGGAGAAGUUUUAACUCAGUUGCUGAGUGUUUUUCCACCUGGUGCCUGAUGCCCACUAGCUUGAAAGAGACCCUCCUGGCCGUCCUGGAGGUCUUCUCCUACAAAGCAUUCAAAUGAUUCUAGAAAUUCCAAGUCUUCUCCCUGCAAAACCACCUCUAGGUCAGGAAGCCAAUCCUUGGUUCAACACCAAGUCAGAUCAACACAUAAGGCACACCCCAACUCAGGCUCUAAACUGCAACAGACACCCUGGAAUGUUCACCUGCCUCCCAAAGCUGUAUCCUGCUGUUGUGCUCACUUUUUGCUAUGUAGAGAGCCACAGAAUUGUGUGGUACAGGCCCUCUGCUGCUCACCUGGCCCCUCGAGCUGUCUCUGUAUAAGAACUUGGCUGUGAAUGGAAGUGGCAUAUAAAAGACAGCUUACAGACUAGACCAGUUCACAUGCACACAUGUGUUCCCUGCUUCCUCUGCCCUUUGCCUCUGUGACCUUUUAUCCACCUGUGCUUUGCUUCUCUUUCUCACCAGCCCUGAACCUACUUGCCCUGUCUGAAGGAUGAUUUUCAUUACCCAAUUAGUCCUUUAUAUCAGAGAGCUGAUUUGGCUCAUACCUGACCUUUGUAAGAGAAAUGGGCAAACCCAAAAGCCAGACCGACUCUGAGAACAAGUGAUGAAGGGGUGAGAAAGCCAUUCCUAAUAGGAUAGGCCCUCUAAUUUGAGACAAUAUUUCACUGCUUUAGAAAGGACUAUAGGCAGGGCUUGAGAUCCAGGUCCACCAGGAAGAAGCAAAAAAAAAAAAAGAAGUCAGAAGGAAGCCCAAGUCACUUUGGGCUGUUAUGUCAAUAAGCCCCAUUUAUAUACUUCUUGAGCAUCUAAUGUCAAUUUAAAGGAUGUCUGAAAACCAUAACAUUUUCCAUAGUGUCUGCAAAAGUCGUUAUUCUUUCUCCUGCACCAGUCCACCCCACUAUUUUUUUUUCCUCCAGGGUUAUCUCUGGGGCUUAGUGUCAGCACUAUGAAUCCACAACUCCUGGCAACCAUUUUUUCCAUUUUAUUGGGUAGGGCAGAAAGAAAUUCAGAAAAAAGGGGGGUGGAGAGGGAGAGAGAAAGACACCUGCAGACCUGCUUCGCCACUUGUGAAGCAUCCCCCCCUGCAGGUGGGGGAACUGGAGGCUUGAACCUGGAUCCUUGAGUUGGACCUUGCACUUAGUACUAUAUGCACUUAACCAGGUGUGCCACCACCCGGCCCCUUUGUUCUUUUUCCUUUUUUUUUUUUUGUUUGUGGUUCAUCUUUCUUAAGUGGGUCCUUGCACUUCACGCCACAUGGCUUAACCCACUGCACUACUAACCGACUCCCUGUGGUUCAUCUUUCUGGUUGGCAUGAUAUGACUGAGUAGCUCAGAUAGGAGACUGUUGCCAGUUAGCUGCUUUGAUAUUUAUGAAGUACCCCAGUCUGUGUCUCCAGAAAAGGAUGUCAGCUGCUCCAGGGUUUCACAGUACUAAAGGCAGGUAGCUUCUGGGAGAAUGUUUCCUCUUUAGGCUCUAGACACACUCUGUAAAAUUCCGGGAUUUAGUCAGUGACAGGACAUGGAUGAGUCAUACUGAACUCCCUGGGACUUCUGCUCCUGCUCCAUGAUUUCAUUUGAUCUCCAGGGACCAGUUCUCCUGACCCUGGAGUGGGAAGUACAGCUGUAGAUAGCAAAUAACAAGACCUUCUUAUAAUCCCCAAUGUCGUUAACAACCCUGUGACCCCGUGGCACAGCCAGCAGUUCAGGGACUGGAGCUUUGACUUAGCCCAUGGUUCUCAGUAACAGAGUUUGGAGAUGUGGACUAGGAGAAUGGAGAAUCCAGCAACCAGAUUUGCUCACAGUCCUAAAUUUGAAUCAUUUUUGUUAUUUGGGGUGGAAAAUUGAAGUGAUCAAGUUUUGUUUUGUUUUUCACUUAGAAGAACAAAUAUUGUAUUUUUGCAACACCUGGUUUCAGCAGAAUUGUGCAGGGAAGAGCCACUCAUCCAGUGGGGACACGCCUAAGUCACAGUGCUGACCUGUCACAUUAUUAGCCAAGUGUAAGCAAAAGUGACACUAAUUGACCCAAAAUAGAUAAGACUCGCAAUGUUCCAGCAGGGCCAGAACAAUUUCCUUGCUUCUCCAUGAGCUGAUUUUCGUCUAAAGCAAAGUUGCUUUUCCGUAGUUUCACCAAGUAGAUUUUUGUCCUUCGAAAAAUCAUUACUUUCAUGACCAGCGUGGUGGCCCAGUGCAGGGCUUGCAGGCAGGAGGCCCCAGGUGUGAUCCUGGCCUCUGCAUGUGCUGGUAUGAUGCUCUGGUCUCUCCCACUUUACACCUAUUAUCGUGAAAUAAAUCUUUUUUUUUUUCGAACAAACUAAUUCCACGAGAUGAUGACUUUAAAAAAUAGUAAAACCUUUAAUAGAUUAAAGAGAGAACGUCUAGUCUGGGUAAGUGGCUAUGCAAUUAAGGCUGUAGUUCCUAAGAACCACAAGGAAGGGGGCAUGAGUUAAGCCCUGACUGAGAGGGGCUGAUGCAUGAGACCCUUAGCCUUAUAAACAAGAAAUCAGGUGGAUCCAUGGACAAUGCAAACCGCAAAUCAAGACUUCUUACCUUCCUCAGGUGUGACCACCUGCACUUACUGUCAUUUGAGGGAUUCUUUAAAACUUACUGUAAUGUCUUUCUUUUAUGUAGCCAUGUUACAUUUCUAUCUACUGAAGGGGAAUGCCUGCAUCUGAAGCGAAAUCAACACAAAGCAACCAUUGUCUUAGUUGUACCCAGUCUCUACAUGUGACAUAUACAUUUAAAUGAAUGUUUUCUUAUGUUUUCAGGUCUGCAAUAUUUAGUACAUGUAAAUAAGGGGAAAUUUGAUAAAUAUGAUAAAUUAAGUUAUAGUGUGUCAUCUGAUUUUUAUUUUGCUACCUUGUUAUUUAAUUGUCUUAAUGCUCCACCCCUAGGUUUAUGCCCAAGGGGUACAGACUCACCCUUCCAGGCACCUGUGUGCAUGUGUGUGUGUGCUAGGACACACCGCAGCAAAGACACACCAGGCCUGGAGAAGCACACAGCUCAGAUGGUGACGCCCACUUAACUCUCCAGUUCACCCUCCUGUUCAUUCUAAUUACUGUGAUGAUUGAAUAAAGUAGAAACACAGCA